AGAUACUUGCAUGUGUAAAUGUUUCCCUAAAAUGAUCUGAAGCGAUUUAAUAAAUAAUGUCGUCCAAGAACAUACAGCGAACUGAGCCUGGGGCUCCAGAAGAGCGCGCACAAAAAGAGGAGCUGAACCAAAAGAUAAAAGAGCAAAAGAUUGUUGUCGACGAGUUAAGUAACUUGAAGAAAAACAGGAGAGUGUACACCCAGCAACCUAACAGCAAUAUAUUCUUUCUGGCAGACAAAGGAGAAACCCUUAGCUCUUGUAAACAGGAUCUGGAUAACAUGAGGAAAGAGUAUCAAGAUAUAUAGUGAAGUGAUAUCAUGUGUGGGAUCUGCUGUGUGGUCAGUUUGAC